ACCAGUGAAACCCUGGGCCACCGAAGCGGAGUGCAUGAACUUAACCACUCGACCACGGGGCCAGCCCCUAUCUUAGCCCUUCUGAUAGGAGUGUGGUGAUGUCACAUGCUGGUCUUAAAUUGAAUCGCCCUAAUGGCUACUGAUGUCAAACAUCUUUUCAUGUGCUCACUUGCCAUCCAUAUGUCCUCUUUGGUGAAGUGUCUCUUUAUGGCUUGCCCAUUGUGUAUUUGGAGUGUUUGAUUUUUUAAAGGUUGAAUUUUGAGAGUUCUUUAUAGAGUCUGGAUAGGAAUAUAUCAAUUCAUAUAUGUGGUAUAUCCAUACAGUGGAAUAUUACUCAGCCAUAAAAAGGAAUGAGGCACUGAUAUAGGCUACAACAUGGAUGAACCUUGAAAACUAUGCUAAGUUAAAGGAGUGGGACACAAAAGGCCACAUAUUGUGGAUUCCAUUUAUCUUAAAUGUCCAGAAAAAAUCCAUAGAAAUUUGUCCAAAUGUCUAUGUCCACAUCCAUAGAGACAGAAAUUAGAUUAGUGGUUGCCAGGGGCUAGUGGAGGGGGGAAUAGGGAUUGACUGCUAAUGGGCAAAGGGUUUCUUUUUGGGGUGAUGGGAUAGAUAAUGGUGGUGGUUGUACAACUCUGUGAAUAUAUUAAAAACCAAAAAAAUUGUACCUUGAGCUUGUUCAGGAUCUCUCAGAGAGGGGUUAUGGAUGAGAAGGCCUAAGGCUCCCCUCCACUUGCCAGGCAUGCUUUGCCAUGGGCAAAUAACUGGAUCUGGCCAAUGAGACUUGAAAGGAUGUCUGUUGGGAAUUUUCUGGGAAAGUCUUCCUAGCUUUUAAAAUAGGACAUAGGAUGGAGACGUUCCGCCUUUUCUGGCUCUGAACAUUGCCGUAUGUGUGAGAUACUCAGAACUGAGGCCGCCAUCUUGAGCCAUGAGGGAAGCCAGCCGAGAGGAGGGGCCACCUUGCUGAUGAUGGCAGAGUAGACUGAUGGGAAGGACCUGGGUCCCUAAUGAUGUCAUUCCACUGAAUGAACCAAUCCUGAAAUGGCUUUACCUCUGGACUUCUUGUUAAGUGAGGUAAAAACUCCCCUUUCUGAAUGGCUUUGAUUGUGUUUUCCAUUACUUGCAGCCCAAAACACCAUAACUGAGAGAGUAUCAAAUGCUGCUGAGAUAUCAAGUGAUACAAGGACAAUGCAGAAACUGCAGUUGCCCCCUGCAUCUGCUCUCCCUUCUCACGCAGUAAUAGAAUUCUUAGCUGGGCUAUGGCCGUGAGAAGUUCUAGCCAUGAGAUAUGAGCAGAAGGAUUGUGGGUGUGCCUGUUAGGGGAAGGGGCAAGCCCUUCAUUCCUCCCUUCUUUCUCUUUUCAUUGGCUGUCAUGGACUGAAUGUGUCCCUCCAAAAUAAUCUUGAAGCCCUAACCCCCAUGUGACUGUAUAUGGAUAAGGUUAAAUGAAGUCAUAAGGGUGGGGCACUGAUCCCAUAGGAUUAGUGUCCUUAUAAAAAGAUAGAGAGUGCUCUCCCCCCACACGUGAGGACACAGUGAGAAAGUGGCCAUCUGCAAGCCAGGAAGAGGGUCUCACCAGGAACCAAACCCUGCUAGAACCUUGAUCUUGAACUUUCCAGCCUCCAGAACUGUGAGAAAAUGAAUUUUUGUUGUUUAAGCCGCCCAGUCAGUGGUAUUCUGUGACAGCAGCCAGAGCUAAGUGAUACCCUGGCUGAAAUAAACGCACGAGGGCGGAGGCUGGAGCAGCCAUCUCAGAUCGUGAGAAGGAAGCCCUGUGUUGAGGACGGCAGAGCAACAAGAGAGAAGAGAUCUGGCUCCUCAGUAGUCGUGACUGUCAUACCAUUUCUAGAUCUCCUGCCAGGACUCGGAGGUAGAUACUGUUUGGAUAUUCGGAUAUCGUUUAAGCCUCUGUUAGUUUCUGGUGCAUCACUCUCUCCUCCUCCCCUCUAUGGGAGGGACACACUUUCCCUGCCUCACUGAUGGAUAACAGGCUUGACCAUGUGACUUGCUUUAGACGAUGAAAUGAGCAGAUGGGAUGUAUGCCACACCCAAGCAGCAGUUUUAAAUGUGCCUGCAUGGUUUGGCCGGGUCUUUGGGGUUUCUGCCUUCCUCUACAGGAGGAGCAUGCCCCAGGGGACUGCUGCUCCUUUAGCCUGGGUCCUGGAAUGAGAGGCACACAGAGCGGACCUGAACCCAACCCACGGCCUGAAGUAGAGCUAGCACAGCCGAUGUGCAGAACCACGGGAAAGGAACUGUUGCUGUAAGCCAUUGCCAUCUGGGGGAUGUGUGUUAUGCACGUCAACACAGCAAGGACUAUGCAUAUGGGUUCUCUCGGUUACAUUAUCAGAGCUCAGGGGAUAAAACAAGGGAUGAAAGCUGUCCCUUGAAUCUCAUGACAUGGAGGUCUCUGGUGACCUUAGGAAGACUUGCCUCAGUGGAGUAGAGAGGACCGAAGGCAGACUGGAGCAAGUUGAGCCGUGAGUGAGAGGUAAGGAGAUGGAGAUGUGUGUGCAGGCAACUCUUUGGAGAAGUUUGGCUGUGAUGGGAGGAGAGAGGUGGGCCACUAGCUGGAGGGGGAAGAGGAAUCCAGUGGCAGCCGUGGAGAUGUGCGGCUCACAUCUCCCGCGGAGACAGAACCUGCUGAUGAGCCAUGAGGAAUGCCGUCAGGGGACAGACUCCAAGGUGUAGCCCCUUCCAGGUCUACUGCAGCAUCGGAGCCAAGGCCACACUAUCCCCAGCAUCCCUGGGCCAGUGACAGAUCUCCGGAGGGAUACCAGGGCCUGGCCAUUUCCACCCUAAGGACCCACCAGACACAGGUUGAAAGGAUUUUCUCUUGGUUGCUUUUAAUGACAGAGACCAGGGUAUGCUUAGAAGCCCUUCGCGAAGAAUCCAGUUGGGAAAGAGCAGCUGAACAUGGAAGAGAGAAGAUGUGCAGAUGGAGAGAGGGAGGUCCCUGGAAAGGCAGAGGGAGACGGGAUGUGGACCAUGGGGGAGUGGUUCCUCAGGCCAGGGGAGGAGGGAAGAGGCAGGAGAAAGGAGGGAUGGGUGCAGGCCCAUGAGGACGUAUAGGUUUGGGAGCAGGGUGAUGGCAGACUUCCCAUCACAGUUUUCUUUUUCUGAGAAGUGGGAAGCAAGAUCAGGCCCGAGGGUCAGGAAACUGAGUCCCGCAGGGCACACGGGCUGUGUCUCUGUCUUCCUCUCUUGGCUUCAGUCUUCCCACCUGCACCAUAAACAGCUCAGGCUAGACCCCAGGUCCCCAAACUCAUUUAAUCCUCAGGAGCUUUUCAAAAAUAUACUUUCGGGGGCCCCCAUCCCUGAACUGCUGGAUCGGAAUCUUGGGGGCAGAAGUGGUGGGAGCAGGAAUCUGUAUAUAUUUUAGAAGUGCUCCCAGGGGUGAUGUGGAUGCACAGCCAGGUUUGGAAGCACCUGGUGGGGUCUCUUGGGGGCCCCUCCAGCUCCGAAAAUCUGUGGUUCCAGUUGGAAGGUGGGAAAUUCCAGUACUGCAUUUUAUUGAUGCUACAAACCACAGAAUAAGCCACAUGCCACUUCUUGUCACCUAUAACUACAAAAGCCCAAAAGAUACCAGAACUUAAGAGGAGCCACAGAAAGGCAAAAUCAGCAGCAAAAUAAGUGGCCCUGCCUCUGUGGGAAGCCCACGGCACACACUCUUGACUCCAGAGACCGUGUUUCCAAAACCCCAGCUUUGGGAAGAAAAGAAGAAAGGUCUGUGUUGAUUUCCAUUUGGGGGAUCCUUCCCCCUCCUAAACUUUUAGAGGCAGAAAAAGUGAUUUGACUUUGGAUUGACUGUAGAAGAAGGGACAGAAAGAGCCCAGAACAUUCCCCCAGAUGUUCCAGCUGUGACUCCUCCAGGGCCCCUUGAUGGGACCAUCUGAAAGGUCGUCCACCAGCUGGACGCCAAAGGAAGCAGAGAUGUGCAUUGGUUCCCAGCUGGAUGAGAAGAGCAGGGGGUGGAGGCCAGGAGACGGGAGCACCACCCCUCCCCUCCUCCCCCCAGCCCUCUCCUUCCUCUUCCUCUUGCCGCUGGCCAGCGCCCUACAGCUUACUCCACUGCCCUUUCCAGAGCUAAGGCUGGUGGGGGGCCCGAGCCGGUGCCAGGGGCGCCUGGAGGUCCUGCAUGGCGGCUCCUGGGGCAGUGUCUGCGACGAUGACUGGGACGUGGUGGACGCUAAUGUGGUGUGUCGUCAGCUGGGCUGUGGUCUGGCGCUGCCGGUGCCUCGGCCCCUCGCCUUUGGCCAGGGUCGAGGCCCCAUCCUGCUGGACAACAUUGAAUGCCGAGGGCAGGAAGCUGCGCUGAGCGAGUGUGGCAGCAGAGGCUGGGGCGUCCACAACUGCUUUCACUAUGAGGACGUGGCUGUCUUGUGCGAUGAAUUUUUGCCCACGCAGACCCCAACAAGGAAAGUGUUAACCAGUAAGGCACCCUCUACAACUUCCCAGAAUGGGAAAGGUGAGGGCAGCGUGCGCCUGGUGGGGGGCGCGGGCCCGUGUCAGGGCCGAGUGGAGAUCCUCCAUGGCGGCCUGUGGGGCACCGUGUGUGACGACGACUGGGGGCUACCGGACGCGGCCGUAGUCUGCCGCCAGCUGGGCUGCGGGGCCGCUCUGGCCGCCACCACCAACGCCUUCUUCGGCUAUGGCACGGGGCACAUCCUGCUGGACAACGUGCACUGCGAGGGCGGCGAGCCCCGCUUGGCCGCCUGCCUGAGCCUGGGCUGGGGCGUGCACAACUGCGGCCACCACGAGGACGCCGGCGCGCUCUGCGCAGUCCUGGGCCUCCCGACUCUCGCAGCACUGCCACCCUCAGCCACCAGAGAGGACUGGGCCUGGCACACACAGCCAGAGGCUACAGGAGUUGGUGCCCUGCCUUCCAGGGAGACGGCACUGUUCACCACACCUGCCUGGGCCUUGGGGAAGAAAAGCAGGUGGCUGCGGCUGGUGGGCGGCCCGGGCCCGUGCCGCGGCCGCGUGGAGGUGAUGUACGCCGGGGGCUGGGGCACCGUCUGCGACGAUGACUGGGACUUCGCGGAUGCGCGCGUGGCAUGCCGCGAGGCGGGCUGCGGGCCUGCGCUGGGCGCCACAGGCCUGGGCCACUUCGGCUACGGCCGCGGCCCUGUGCUGCUGGACAACGUGGGCUGCACCGGCACGGAGGCCCGCCUGAGCGACUGCUUCCACCUGGGCUGGGGCCAGCACAACUGCGGCCACCACGAGGACGCGGGCGCGCUCUGCUCAGGCCCAGAGGAGCUAGGACUGCAAGUCCAGCAGGACGGUUCUGAGACCACCUGGGUGCCCACUCCUCGGCCCAGAGACGGGCACCUACGCCUGGCCAAUGGAGCCCACCGAUGCGAGGGGCGUGUAGAACUUUUCCUAGGGCAGCGAUGGGGCACUGUUUGUGAUGAUGCUUGGGACCUGCGGGCAGCCAGUGUCCUGUGCCGCCAGCUGGGCUGUGGCCAGGCCCUGGCAGCUCCUGGCGAGGCCCACUUUGGCCCAGGCCGAGGCCCCAUCCUCCUGGACAAUGUCAAGUGCCGUGGGGAUGAGAGUGCCCUUCUGCUCUGCUCUCAUAUCCGCUGGGAUGCCCACAACUGUGACCACAGCGAGGAUGCCAGUGUCCUGUGCCGGCCAUUGUGACCCACCCUGCUCUGCAGACCACCUCUUCUGGGAGCCUACUGUGGCCUGCCCCUCUUCCUCCAGGAAGCCCUCCUCCUGUGACAACUGCAGUUCACUCUGCCCUUCCCUCCCUUGCCUGGGUGAGAGCCUGCUCAGACAGUGUGGUCCUGUAUAGAGGAGGCUGGCUCUACUCCAUCAACUUACUGUGUGACCUCACCUGUCAUCAGCUAUUGUAGGCCCAAUUCAAUGAAAGCUCCCACUUUCUGCUCAGCCAAAACAGAAAACGUGGGAAGGGAAUGAUUCCUAAUUCUCCUCCUUGGUGGGGCUCCUGUUACAGCACCUCGACCCUGCCUUCCUAGACCUCGGUCCAAGAGAUUCGGGAGCCCUCCGUAAAUGGAUUCCCUCCCUUCCCCCUACCCAUCUUGGGAUCUUCAAGAAGAGGGAAGGCAGGAGAGGCCUACGGCUCUUACCUUGGACUGCCUGAGCCUGCAGAAGAACCUGGGUCCUUGCCCUGGCCUGCUCCAUGAGGGCCCAGACUCAGAUGGUGCUUGGCUGGACAAGGGGACUGGAGGGGCCAAGACAGGGACAGCGGCCCCUCCCUGCAGCUAGAACAGCAUCUCUGAUUUAUGCUGCCCCCACCACAGAGCCUCCACUUUGCACUAGCAAAGAACCCUGGGGGCCUGUAGCCACCCGUUCAUAGGUGCCAAGUCAAUAAAGCAUUGUCCCCCCGUCUUU